CCCCUCAGGCAGGGUCCCCAGGAGCUUUUUCCGCCGGGCUGUGGCCUGCAGCUCUCGCUCCGGCCGGCGUGUCCUUCGGGCGCCCCCGCAACUCCGCCGCUCUCCCGGGGUACCCAGGGCCGCAGGUGGCCCGGCCGAGCCUCGGACUCGCAGCUUCUGGCCCUUCCCCGCGGCGAGCACGGCUCUUCUGCAGAGGCGCCAUGAGCGCGACGGACGGCUCUCCGGCGGCCUCCCCUCCCUCCAGAAGGCUGGCAACCCCCCACGUCUCCUCCAGAUGUGCUAAUUCUCAGUCUCCAAGUCCGGAGGACUUUACUCCUCUCCCCUCAAUCAGUGAGCGCUUGACCUUUCUCCAUCCCUCCCGGGAGCUGCUGGAAUACUACCGCAAGAAGAUUGCUGACUUUGAUGAGGAACAUGAAGACUUGGUAAAAAGGCUGGAGAGAUACAAAGAAACAUAUGAUGAGCAGCACAAAUUGCAGUGGGAGGUACGUCAGCGAGAAGAGGAGAUUGCAGAGUUGCAAAAGGCUUUGAGUAAUAUGCAGGUCUACCUCUUCCAAGAGAGGGAACAUGUCCUUCGCCUCUACGCAGAGAAUGAUCGGCUGAAAAUCAGGGAACUGGAGGAUAGAAAAAAAAUUCAGCAUCUCCUGGCAUUAGUAGGAACAAAUGAAGGAGACGUUACAUAUUAUCACAAAGAGCCUCCACAUAAGGUUACUGUUCUGCAAAGGCCAGCUAAAUCCAGAAAGUCACGUGAACAAAAUGAUACUCCUAGAACAGGCACCAAGAGGGACACUUCAAAACCAGCAGCAAUAGAAAAGAAACCACAAAGUCCUGAGAGAUACCAGAGAGAUAAUCAAGCACUUCUACUUCAGGUGGAGGCCUUGCAAGCUCAGCUAGAAGAGCAGACACGAUUAUCCAAGGAACAGGUUGAGGCAUUACUAAAGGACAGGCGGAUUCACAUGGAGGAAGCCCAGGUCCAGCAUCAGAGGGACCAGGACAAGAUCAAAACUCUAACAGAUAAAUUCCAUAAGACCCAAAGUCUCUUAUAUGAGAGUACCCGUGAUUUUCUUCAGCUGAAGUCUGAUGCCCGAGCCAAUGAGAACGCAUGGAUGGCAGAGAAGGAAAGUCUGUUGAGGAAACUUGACAAAGACCUUGAUCAGCUUAUCAGCAGGAAGCCAGGAAGAGAGAAGAAGCAGAAAGAUAUAAAGAAGGUGGUUCGAGCAGGUGGUGGAGCUUGGAAACUCCACAGCAAAGAAAUAAAGUCGCUGAAAGAUCGGCUAAUGCAGGAACAGAGCCUGUCAAGCAUGUAUAGGGCGCAGUGUAUUAGCCUGGAAGGUGAGCUGGCUAGAGUUCGUGAGGAGGGAGAUGCCGGCAGAGAACUCUUAAAGAAACGCUCAGAAAAGGUGGGGAUACGCCUGAAGCUGAUGACUCAGCGGUAUGAGGCCUUGGAAAAACGUCGUAAUAUGGAAGUGGAAGGCUUCAAGAAUGACAUUAAACAGCUUCGGCAGAAGCUGAAAGAUGUAGAAAACCAGCUUUUUAAGUUGACUCUGAAUAUUGGCCCUGACGCAGAUCUUGCAAUUCUACGUGAGGUCUGCCAAGGAAACAGACUAACCCAUAAAAUCCAAGGAGAACUAAAAAACUUAAAAGCAAAAAUCUAUGCCUUAGAGAAUGAACUACGAGUCUGCUGAAGCUGAGGUAUUAGCUGGCAUCCAGUUUUAGGAAUGGAACAUUACUAGGCUGUAAUAGUCACAUGUGAGAGCAGCUCCUGCCUGUCUGUUUCCUGGCAUCCAGUGACAGAAGGCUUGAGGAAAUCUGCAGUUAAUGUCAUAACACUGUACAUGAGCCAUUUCUAAUGUGCUAGAUUACGUUGCUGUUUCAGCUGAGACAGCACCUGAUAAGCCUGACAUAGAAAGUACACAAUGACUGAUGUAUCAGGAAUAUGCUUCUGACUUCAGCUAGCCUUCGUAUCUGUGUGAGGGGUCAGUAUAUACUGGCCUUCAUCUCUAUUUGGAGCAUAUGGUUAUACCAUAUAGCCACAUAUGGUUAUAAUUAAAUUAAUAAUCAUGGAAGGAUCUAGUUGAAGAUCUGAAUUGCUUGACUGACCUUUUUGUAUGUGAGAAACAGCUUUUAAAAUGGUUUAAAUGAUUACUGUUUUAGUGCUUAGGCACUUCAGUGUGUAACUGAAAAUUUUAUUUGCAAAAGACCACAUGUAGGAAAUAUAUACUAAAGUGUAUUGCAUCUGACUCUUCCCUUGACAGUGGAACUAUUUUUAAAUGGCUUUCCUAUGAUUCUAACCUAAUUGGGACAAACCUGACUGAAAUAAUCUGCAAGAACCAGCAACAUCUACACUUGUUUUGUAUGUUUGGGGGGAAGGGAAAUACUACAAGUGUCAUCUCGUCUUCUUCCUCCCAGUUUACCUUAACACACAGAGAAAGCCCAUAAUAAAAAGGCCUCUUUCUUAACCCCUGUUUUAUCUGUCUCUGUAGAUUUAAACAAUGUCAUGGUUAUGUACCAAUAAAUUAUAGUCAACUUUUGCUCAGCAGUUGUUGCUACUAAACUGUAAGUGAAAUUAAGAGUGGAAGAGCAGGUGUCUAGUUGCUACAUGAUAAACUUAACUCUAGCUAUAUGAUGAUUAUCUUCGUACCAGACAUCAGCACAGUUCAUUUCUAGGAAACAGAAUAAAUCAUGAAAAGGCUUACAACAUGGCUUCAGCCCAGUUUGUAAUUGUGAGUAUUCAUGCUUUUGCUGUAGCAUCAGCAAAUCUUGUCCACUUAUAGACUGAGAGCAGAUCUAUUUUGGAAAAGGCAUUUCAGUGCCUCUGUUUCUUACUGUACCUUCCCUACCUUGUUAAAUGUGACAGAAGUGGAAUACUAGCUUUCUGAGGUAUAUGCCUAUAGGCUGCCAGUACUUUUUUUCCCACUGAAGAGAACUUAGUGUGUGAAAGCAGGCAGUUUCUUUUGGACAUGGUAGUAGCCAUGGAGGUUCUCAUUCAGUGUUUGUAAGAGGUAGAUAUGCAAAAGAUGUUUUUGUUCUGUCAGGAUUCGGAGAAAGAAUUGGAAUUCUCUGAAAAAAUCAAGGCCCAUUUCAAUUGUGUAAUCCUUCUUGUGACAAACUUGCUGUCCCUUAUGGCCCUCUAUCGUGGCUUUUAUUUUGUAUAUGUUCUUGAGGUCAAGUUCAUCACAGACAGACUUCAGUGUGGGUGACUGACAGUCUGCACCUACAUGUUCAACUACUACCACAACUUACAACAGGCUGUUUUAAAGUAUGUUGCACUGAUUAGUUUAGCUCUAAAUGCAAAAACUGAUUCAUUAGCAACCUGGGAGCCAAUGCCUUGUGGACAGUUGAGGAAGAUUAUUAAAUAAUACCAUCCAUCAUCUAGUCUCUUUCUUCAUUGACUAGUACUUUCUUAGGUAAGUCUAGUAAUUAAAAUGAGGUUUUUAUGUCAAAUAACAUGAUAGUGGCUUAAAGACAGCAGUUAUCACAGGUCCUGGAAGGCUGCUUCUGAAAAGUGCUACAUAAUGAAGUAUUAGUCACUUAUUCAGCAGGUUCUGUCAGCUUAAAUUCAGCUGAUGGGAAGCUAGCAAAAAGGUCUCAAAUCUAUAGAAAUAAAUGUUUGUUUAUUUUCAA